CAACGCACAGCCUGUUGUGCGUGCUACGUCACGGUACGACGUGACGUAUGUUCAAGUGGACGUCCCUGCUGCGUCAUUUGCGCGCCGCCUCGUUGCCGAUGCACUUCUUCUCCCGUAAGCCUAAAGAUAGAUGUUUCGAUUUCAGUCCCUGGAUGAAGACUGUACGUUGGAGGAAGAAGACGAAGGAUUGAUAGAUGAUGAAGAUGAAAUCGAUCAGUUCAAUGAUGACACCUUUGGAGCUGGGGCCAUUGAUGACGACUGGCAGGAGGAACACAAACGGCUCGCCGAGCUCGAUGAGCUGGGGGCCGGGCCGGGGUUGGGAGGGGGCUGUGUAGGAGGAGAGUCAAAUGUAGGGAGACCGGAGGAUUCCCCUUCCUCCCAUCUCCUUUCCUCUGUGGCCUACCUCCCUCCUCCAGCUUCCCUUUCUUCCCUCGGCUUUCCCUCCUCUUCAUCUGGAGGGCCCCCAUCAGAUGUGGAGGAGCGAGGAGGAGGUGGAGGUGACCUGGCUGAGUCCCUGGCCAGGCUCAUCCUGGACGCCGACCCGGCCAUUGCUGGGGUCGGGGCGGCUGAGAGGCCCAGUUUGUCUUCCGGCUCUUUAGGACCCGGCCUGACUGCGCUACAGGGAUUGGAUCGAAACAGAGUUCUACCACAGUCCUCCUCCAUCCCACAUCCAAGUCAGACACAUCAGCAUACACACCCCCAUCACCAGCUGCCCCCUGGCCCCUCCACAUCAGGCCCUCCAUCCUCAUCCAUGCUCAGCUACCAACAGCAGCAGCACCUGCUGCGCAGAGGGACUGCUCCUGUGAGCCAGAUGAACUCUCACAGUAUCUGGGAGAACAGUAUGGGUUUCGGGCCAGUCAGUGUCACCCCAGCACUGGGUACACAUGUGGAGGAUAGUCCACUAAUGUCAGUAAUCAAAGACGUGGGCCUUCCCAAACGGACGCCUCAUGUUAGGAAUGAUGAAGGACGGGAUUUGUCUGAGAGGGUUCCACCUCCUCGAUCCUCCUCACCUGUGAUCGGAUCCCCUCCCGUGAGGGUGGUGCCAAUUGGGACCCCGCCCAAACAACCAAUGAGUCAUGCCCUGAAUCAUCAGAUCCACCAUCCCACAGCGGUCCAUGUGAGAGCCCCGGUCCAGCACAGAUACCCCUCUCCUUUCCCUGAGCGUCUGUCACCCAACACCCUCCUCAAUAUAGCUAACUCUCCACUGUAUCGUGGUCCGUUCCCUCCCGGAGUUGGUCCAGUACUGUCUCAGAUUCAACGGGCCCAGCUCCUCAACUCUCAGGUGGCAGGUUUUCCACGCGGUGGUCCGACACCUGCUUUGUUGUCAGGUGGUGGAGGCUUCCGGCCUUUCUUCGGUGCACCUCCGCAUCCACACGCUCACCGCAUGGUCCCACCACCUCCCCACGGCCCCCCCAACCACGCGCCCCCGGUGCGGCACCAUACAAUGCACCUGCAUCCCCAGCACCGCCGCAUGCUAACCCAGCGUAUGCAGAGCCGAGGAGGGGACCGUAGCAGGCCUGGAUGCGACCGGCGUAGCCGGGAUCCCUAUAGUAAUUUGAUGACCCAGAAGGAGAAGGAAUGGGUAACGAAGAUCCAGAUGAUGCAGCUCCAAAGUACUGACCCUUACCUGGACGACUACUACUAUCAGAACUACUAUGAAAAGAUGGAGAAACGUCAGGAAAAAGAGCAAAGCAGCAGCAAGAAGGAGCACACCACCAAGCUCAUCACUCCACAGGUGGCCAAGGUGGAGCACACCUACCGACCAGUGCAGUUUGCUGGGUCAUUGGGUAAACUGACCGUCUCCAGCGUCAACAACCCGCGCAAGAUGAUCGACGCUGUGGUGACAACUCGCACUGAUGACGAGGAGAAACGAGAGAAGCAGGUGUGGAACAAGAGGCGACAGAUUCUCUACACUGUGGAGAAGAUCUAUAGUUUGCUGCUGGAGGUCCAGGACUUCGAGAAGCGUUUUGUUCUGGCAUCAGAGGAGGACAGGGAGGCUCUGCUGGAGCAGCAUAAAACCAACACUGUGCAGCUGUGCAACUCUCUGCUGGAGAAGGACUGGGACGACGGGGUGUGUGAUGAACGGUGUGUGAUGAUCAUGUCUGUGAGGAAGGGCAAACGCCUUAUCUCCAGGCUCCUACCCUUCCUGCCCCAAGCUCAGGCUGCUGCUGUUGUCAUGGCAAUUGCCCGCAAGCUUCCAGCCUUGGCCAAGAAGGACAAGCAGGACCAGGUCCUGUGCUGGCUGGUGGAGCCCGUGUCUGCGGUGAUCCAGUCUCUGUCCAGCUCUGCGCUCACAGACUUGCUGCAGGAGCUCCAGGGCAGUGAGGGUCAACUGGCCACAGUCCUGCACAACAAGUUUGGUGUGACACUGUUGUAUCUGAUCCUGAGUGAAGGCGAGAGGAUGCAGAGCUCUGACCCCAACUGUCAACUCAUGGAAGACAAUCGAUGGACUGAGUUGGUGUUUUCAGUGACCAGGGAGUUGCUCAAUGUUCCCCCCUCGUCUCUCUCCCCUCCCCUCUUCACCCCCCCCAACCUGCUCUCCCUUUUCUCACGAUACGUGGAUCGGCAGAGGCUCGAGCAGUUACAGGACAAGCUACAGAUCUCUGCUUUGUCCAGGUAGAAGCUACUACAGACAUGAACACAACCCUCCCCCCUCACUGCACACCAUGGUGCGUGUGUGUGUGCGUGCGUGCGUGUGCAUAGCUGUAUCUGUGUGCAGAUGCUCUGUUAAAGUGAAACCAUGGUGGAUUGUUUUAAUCCGGCAGAAUCUUUAGUCUGUCGUUUUCUUUGUGUUUAAGUGUGUGUGUGUGUGUGUGUGAGUGUGUGUGAGAGAGAGACAAUGACCGAGUGCUUGAGCGGGUAUGGCUGAUCAAAAUUAAAUCUGCAUUUUUAAUAUCUUGUUUACGAUUAUGCCUGUGAUGAACCUUCAAAUUAAAAGUAUUUCUAUUAUAUAAAAA